CCACUCACAAUAUGGCUGCCAGUUGGCGGCAUCUACUCGUGUAUGUCUGUGUUUAAGACGGAGAUUUGGAAAGAAAACUUGAUUCCUCUGGUUUUGUUGGUCCCUCCAGCCUGAGGAACAUCCUGUAAUUAAGGUGUUUAUUCUUAUUUGAAUCUCUCCUCCUACAAACUGCUUCAAAAAUGAUUUCAGACCGAGAAAUGAAAAGAUUAAAAACUUUUCGGAGCGAUGACCGUGUGUGCGCGCGCCCGUGUGCGUCGGGUCGCGCGCUCGCCACUCAGGUUUGAGAGUUGAGAUUUGGAGCAGCAGACAGGAUCCGGUUCGGUGGUUCCAGACCGCAGGAAGGUGGAUGAGCAGGAAGUUAGGAAGAACAUCUGGAAUCUCCUCUGUGUGAAUAUUAAACCUUCUGGACCUCUGGACGCGCUGAGCGCCGAUCGGAGCGAUGGAGGCCCAGGUGUUCAUCCAGGCGGAGGACGCAGAAGGUUCCUGGACGCUGCUGUCCCUGCUGGCGUCCGUCGUCAUGGUGUUCGGCGGCGCCCUGCCCUACAUCCCGCAGUACCAGGAGAUCCAGAGGAGCAGCAACACCGAGGGCUUCUCCACCCGGGUCUGCCUGGUUCUGCUUGUAGCCAACAUCCUGCGGAUAUUCUUCUGGAUAGGGAAGCAGUUCGAGGUGACGCUGCUGCUUCAGAGCGUGGUGAUGAUCCUCACCAUGUUCGCCAUGCUGCACCUCUGCUGCUCCGUCCACAGCUCCAACCGGGUCAGCACCAAGCAGCACCGGCUCACAGAUUUGGACGUUCGUUACUUCUGGAAGUGGAGUGCGUUUGAGGAUUACCUGCUCUUCUGCCUCGGCUUUGCGGCGCUCUGCGCUGUGCUCACGCUGCUGCUGCUGGACUCGGCCGUGUUUGUGGAGGCGCUGGGCUCCCUGGCCGUGACCUUUGAGGCGAUGCUCGCCGUGCCGCAGCUGCUGCAGAACCUGCAGAACCGCUGCACCAGGGGAAUGAGUGUGAAGAUGGUUCUGCUCUGGACGGUCGGCGACGCCUUCAAGACGGCGUACUUCGUGAUGAACGACAGCCCGGCCCAGUUCUGGGUGUGCGGUUCGGUCCAGAUCCUGCUGGACGCCGCCAUCCUGCUGCAGGUUCUGCUGUACGGCCGGGACGGCCGGGCCAAGCUGGGCUGAACCAGGAAACCAGGAGCUGCUGGUCCAGAACCACAUCACAUUUUAAACGCUGGAAAACCAAAGAAAAUGAUUUUAGUGUUUGGUGAAAGAAACUGAACAUCUGCAUUUUUCUCUAUAAAUGCAUUUCUAGUUAUUUUCUACUAUUUAUUGGAACCUUGAGGAUCAUUCAGGGAAUCCUGGAGGGGAACGUCCAGCAGGAACCAGUGGAACCAGUGAGAACACUGGUUCCACUGGUUCCUCUGAUGGACCAGUGGAACCAGAGCGCAGUCCAUCUGUCUGACUGAUGCGUCAUCUGGACGGUUCUUGGCGUGUGCAGCAUCAUGCUGCGGGUGCCUGCAGCAUGUUGAUGGUUCUGUUUUCUGUUUGGAUCCGGUUUGAAUCCGGUUUGGAUUCGGUUUGGAUUCGGUUUGGAUCCGGUUUGGAUUGGGUUUGGAUCGGGUUUGGAUCCGGCUUGGAUCCGGCUUGGAUCCGGCUUGGAUUCGGUUUGGAUUCGGUUUGGAUCCGGUUUGGAUCCGGUGAAGGUUCGUCCGUCUGCGGCUCAAAGUUCAGAGAAUAAUUCAGGGUUUUUAUCACAAUCACUGAACAUUUAACAUUAUUUUUAGUUCCAGGAUUUAAAAUUUUAUGCUGAAUUUAAACGUUUUUUAAUCUUCGUGGCACUGAUAUUUUUCUGUUUUAAUAUUUCAUAUUUUUUAUAGCUUGAAACAGAAUUUGGACAAAGUUUAACGGAGUCGGUCCGACUGAAUUUAAACCGAAACAAAUCAAAUCAAAACAUUUUUUGAGAAACUGCAACACAAAAACAAAAUAAAAUUUUAGAGAAUCUGAAACUAAAGUAUCAAUCUGAUACUGACUUGGUAUCAAUAGUAUUGAUAUUUGGGAUCGAUCAGCUCACCUGUAGCUCUUGUUCUGCGGAUCAUAAACCGUUUUAAUUAGCAAUAAAACCAAAUCAGAAAACCGUCGCUGUGUGAAGGCAGAACCAUCUGUAGCUUUUUGUUUUUUUUAAACUUAUACUUUUAUUAUUUUUAUAGAGCGUUAAUACAUCAAUGGUACAUAACACAGAUGUUCCCAUCUGUAGCUUUAAAAACCAAAGCAGUGGAAAAUGUUGAAAUAAAUAUUUAGCAUGUUGUUUACAUUUCUGGGCCAUUUGUAGUUUUUCUGUUAUAUUUCAGUGAAUAUAUUUGUUUAAUAAAUAAUGCUGAUGGUUUUCUAAACAAUUUAGAUUAAAAUAUUUGAAGAGUUGAAGACAUGGCAGCACAAUGACAGGAAACAGACAUUAAUGUUGUUUUUCUCACCUUUCCUGUUUGUUUCCAUGGUAACCACGCCGCUGUACUCUGAAGCUAUAGUACUGAGUUACCUAGAUCUAUAUCCGCUGUGGGCAUUAAAGACGGAAAUAAUAUAUUAUUAAUAAUCAGAAGUUCAGCACGUUAACCUCUGACCUGAUUUUCUAUCAUGAGACGAUUUUUAUAUUUAUCAACUGAAAAAAAACCCAAUGAAAAUGUAAAAUAUGGUUAAAGUUUAUAUUUGAUGGGUCAUAAAUUAGGUUUGACGGAUUCAGUCACUCGUCAAACGGCGAAUCAGCCGCGUGUUUCUGACGCCUCCAGCUGAUAAACAAGAUUUAUUUUUAUUAACUUUCAGCCUGAACCUGUGAACUGAACGUCAGAUUUAACAGCCAGCAGUUUAUUUUUCUCUUGGUGAAAACAGUUAAAUAUUCCUGAGGAGAAUAAAAUGUGUUUAAAAAGA